AUGGCUACCUCGCAAGCCCUACCGCCUCUUCCUGCGCCGACUUGGGUCGUCGAGCUCAACUCCCCGUUGCCACGUCCGUCAUCAUCGACAUCCAGCAUUCCCGAUCCUCCCGGCUUCUCUCGCAAGUCUAGCGGUAAAAGUCGCGCAGAGAAAUCAGCAGCUCCGGCUGCGGCCAAACCGGGCGAAACCGACACGCUGAAGCUCAAAAAGGCCUGGGAAAUCGCCCUCGCCCCGUCGAAACAAAUCCCCAUGAACGCAAUAAUGAUGUACAUGUCCGGAAACAGUCUACAAAUCUUCAGUAUUAUGAUGGUCUUCAUGCUGUUCAAGGGUCCGAUUCAGGGUCUUAUCAAUACCAACAACGUGUUCGCUAAAUUCGACUCGGAGACACUGCGGGGCAAGCUGCUGGGCGUAAAGGCUGUGUAUGUGCUGAUGCAGUUUGUGCUUUUGGCUUUGGGUGUGUGGAAGGUUAAUGCUAUGGGGCUUUUGCCGACUACAAGGUCGGAUUGGCUCGCUUGGGAAUCGGAACGACAACCGUUGGAAACUGCUUACUUUGCCUUUGGUUGA